GGAAUGUGGCUCUUAAUCUUUUACAACAAUUAGUAGAGUCGAAAAAAAGGAUUGUUGAGUUGGAAAAACAAAUUAAAGAAUUGCAGCAAAAUCUAGAACAACGAGCCGAAAUUGUUAUAGAACGGCGCGAAGAAUAUGUGAUAUUUGCCACCGGCGGGCAUUUAUGGGAAUUAAAAAAAACGGGAGUAUAUAAUUUAGGAGUAGAUUUAGAAAACUUUCAGCCCUCCUACGAGAUAAUUGCCGAAAAAAAAAAUUUGAUUGGAGAAGCCAUCGCCCAAGAAACCGCAAAAUCAUUAGGAAUAGACCCCAUUAAAUGCCAGCGACUACUUUUUUAUGAAAUAACUCCUCGCAGUAUUAAAGAAGCCUUAAGUAAUCCCUUGACUAUUAACCAGAAUUUGGUCGAAUCGCAACUUUCUCGCCAAGUAUUAGACCGCAUGAUAGGUUUUUGUCUUAGUACUAUUUUACAAAAAAAAUUGCAAGCCCUAUCGGCCGGUCGGGUUCAAUCGGUAGUUUUGAAAUUAAUUAUUGAACGGGAAGAAUUGAUUAAACAAUUUGAAAAGAAAAAACUCUAUAUCCUUUGUGGUCUGUGCCAGGUCAACAAGCAAAAAAUAACUCUCAAACAAGUAGAUGAGACUGGCGAAUUGAUUAUCUACAAAGAGAAAAGCGCGGCUGAAGAAAUUAAAAAAAAAUUGAGUUUAAUUUUUCAACUAGCCGGCCAAAAAGAAGAAAAAAAGUUCAUUCUCCCCAAGCCUCCCCUUAUCACUUCUUUAUUAUUAUUCGAAGCCAAAUCGCAACUAGGAUUUUCGGUUGGAUUAAUUACUUAUCCCCGAACGGACGCUACUCGUAUUAAUCAGGAGUUCACAAAAAAAACCCUUAAUGUUCAGGGAGCCCACGAGUCCAUUCAUCCUACUUAUUUGGAUUACCAGCCCGAAGAAAUUAAAAGUUCCUUAACGGAGGAAGAAUACAAAUUAUAUAAGUUGAUAUACAAUCACACUCUUGCCAGUUUAAUGA